GCGGUUAGGCGCGGCGAAUGAAAUGAUUGUUUGAUUCAGAUUUUUAUUAUAACCAAAGGAAGAAUCGGACAAAACAAAGUGUUUGGAUUUGGAGGCCUCGCUUUGCGUGAAGGAGCGUUUCAUUCAUUCGAGUCCGCCUCGGCUCGGCUCGGUUUUUCUACCGCGGCUGCAAUGCCGCGUCUCGGCUUGGCUCGGCUUGUCCUGCUCGACUCGGCAAUAUCGAUCGCUUUGAACCCGAAGCCGUCCACCCCAAGCAGAGCUUGUCAACUGCUCUUUUUCUAGAGAUGGUAAAACUUUGUUGCUGUGCUGCGGGACAUAAAUCAUGCAGGCAGAAACUGAGGCCAACAAGUUCGUUUCAAAUAUACCACAACCUGCAUCGUCACAGUCCCACUCAGAUGUGGAUAGUUUAAAAAAUAUUGCCCUGAUAUCAGAGCGUCAGCAUGGUCACAGACCACUGGAAAUUCAUCAAGCAGAAAAUUCAGCUCUACUCCCUGGUCAAGAAACCUCUAGCCAACUAGUACUGCAUGAUAUGGCUGCACAAGAACCACAAGAACACUUACACCAGAUCGAAUCUUCUGAAGUGAUUUCCAGCAUGAACACUGGGCAAGGUCAUACAGAAGCUGCAGCUUCUGUGUCAGACAUGCAAAAUUCUGAAACAAUAGUCGACAUUGCUGCACCUGAAGUGAGGACACGAAUUCGAUCUCAAGAGGACGAUAUUGUUGUACUGCAAUCUACUUUCACGCAAACUUAUCCUCUACCAGAUGAACCCAAAAAGGUGUGCCAUUCAGUGGCCGUUCAAACCCAAUUUAAUAACACUGAAUUUGAAGCCCAGACCUACAGUGUUAUCACUGGAGAUGGGAGUGUUUCUUAUGAUAGUGAUGGAGUGCGUGUGCUUCGAGCUAUUGGGACAUGGACCCCUAAUUACCCAGGAAACGAACAGUUUGUUGAUCAGAACUCUGAGGUUUACAUGAAUGGGUCCGGCACUGUUUCAAGUCCAGAUAAUUCAAUGAUUCAACACUCGGUUAGUAGCUCACCAAACAGCGCUUCAAACUGUCUACCAACUGCAACAGUCAACAGAGAAAUGAGUUCUGACCAUUCUCAGCAUUCUCUUCAAGAUGACCAAGAAAAUGCAAAUAAACAGCCAACAGGUGACAAGGCAUUUGUGUGUCCUGUAUGCAGUAAAGGAUUGGCUCGUAAAGACAAGCUUGUUAUUCAUAUGCGGAUACACACAGGCGAGAAACCAUAUGUGUGUGAAGUCUGCGAGCGGGCGUUUGCAAGGAGAGACAAACUAGUAAUGCACAUGAAUAAAUUAAAACAUCUGACACCAUCAAAUAUUGCUCCUCUUGGCAAAAGGCAUCAUCACUCAGGAGCAGGGAUGACGGGAUUGCCAGAAAAACGUCUUGACAUGAAGCUGGAGUCUCAAGAAAUGGGAUCACCCUCUUCAUCUGUGGAUAUUCAACCGGCAACUUUGGUGCAAGUUGUUCAUGAACAACCAACAAUGACCUGGAAUUGUGAACUUUGUGGACGAAUCUGUAUCAGUCGAGAGGAGUGGACAGCCCAUGCACGCUCACAUCUGGAUGGAGAUACAGGUUUUGCGACUACCUCUAUUAGUUCCAGCCUCUCAGUACUUACACCUCUGUCAUCAUAUCAGUAUGCUGCAGCACCUCCUGAAAGACAGAUGUGUGUUGUCUGCCGACAAGACUUCCCCAACAAAACUGAACUUAUAAUGCAUUUACGCUCUCAUUUUGUUGGAAAACCGGAGCUUUUGGCAAACCAUGUGGCAAGUCUAACUGACUCAACAGGAGUUUGUUCAUAAGUUUCCCCCUGAAUAGCAGGAACAUUCCUUUCAAGAUGUUUUGUCAAAGUACAAAUGUACUUGCUGUCUUAAUCUUGUAGGUACAAUAAUUUCUUUAAGACUAAAGAAUUUCUUUUGAGAUUUGUAUAAGUGACCUCCCUCCUUCUUGUAAGAUUUUGUUUUGCUGCUAUGUAAAUUGAGCUCUCUAUUUUGGAUGUUUUGAUCAAAAAUGUUAAAACCAAUUUUAAACAUUUUAUGUUGUUGCUUUUUGUGUUGUUGAAUGUGCCAUGAAACAAAUUUACUAGUCUUAUCAUGUCAUAUCAUUGCUUAUUUUAUCCCUCUUAGUUUUGUGAACCAAGAUUAUGGAAUGUAUUUUUAUGAAGUAUUUUGAAGAAUUUUGUUUGAUGUAAUUUCGAUAAAACCAUUAUUUGGCAUUUGCAAAAAAUGUUAUUUUCUACUAGAAAGAUAUUUAACUGAUGGUUGUAGAUUUAUAACUUUUACAUUGAUACAUUUUCUAGCUUGUACCUGCCUCUCUGAUCUGAUCACUUUUGAGUUAUGCAGGUAGACAUGUUGUUUACCUCCUUUUGACCUAUCCAUUAAGGCAAAGAAACAGAACCUUCCCAAAUUUACUGCCCUAGCUUUUUAAUUUUGGAAGAAUCUUAAAAUUUUGAUCAGCAUGGCUUCCUUUUAAUUAUUAUUAACUUUUUUGGUAUUAUUUUGUUACAUUGACAUGUGAUCUCUCCAUGCUAGAUGCUUUACUCUUAAACCUAGAACUUAAUCAUAAUACAAGCUGAAUUAAGCUUAACUUUAGAUUAGAUUUAUACAUUUGGAUCAAGGUAUCUCUUGUUCAUAUGGGUCAUGUGACGAACAAAGCAGCUCUCAUAAAUGGUCUUGAUUUGGACCGGGAACUUGCUGUAUGCAUAUGUAUUUGGUUUUCCCCUGUAGUUUUCCAUGUUUUGUAUAAUUUGUGGUUGAGUUCUGUCUGUGGUAACCCAAUCUGACAAAAAAGACAAAAGAACAUUUAAAAUUGCUGUGGGAUCAAUGUAUUUUUUAUGUUUUCAUUGGGCUAACAUUGUAUCUUAUUGACUCACAAUUUUUUUUAAGAUGCCCAUUUAUAUAUCUUUUAAUUAUUUGUUCAUGUUUGCAGGUAUGUUUUUGUAAUUUGAUAAGAAUAGUGGUUUAAUUUUACUUUUUGUUUGCACGAGCCACUAAUCUAUCUACUAACCCUCUGAAGAAUGUUGUUACUUAUUUUAAACUUGUGUAAUGAACAGUGCACUUGGUCCCUUCUUUUAACCGGUAACCAGUAGAGCUUUUUUUUCGUGGUUACUGUACUAUUGUAAGUUUGUAGUUACCAUCAACUUUUUUGUACCGUUAAGAUGGGACUCCACCAAUGGAGAACGAAGUGGAACCUUGUCUCCACAUUGUCUACGAGAAUGUUAAGUUUCUAACAUAAUUUGUGUUGCUCUCAUUUACUGUUUUCUCCCCCUUUUUAAUUUUUUACGUUGUGUGCGCUCUUCAGCCGAACAUGAUAGUAGCCAGCCAUUUCAGUGUGACACUGUGUGUGCCUUUGAAUGAUGGUGCACUUUAGAUACCUGCCCAUCAGCUGAAUCGUCUACUUUGUAAAUAAAAGUAUUAGCCAUGGAAA